UCAAUCAGUAAUUAUCAUGUAUUCUUCAAAGAAACUUAUUGCUUGUGCGCUAAUUGUUGCCCAGUUGGUGGGCUUAAUUCAGUGCGAAGUCUACGACAACACGGAUAAGUGGGUCCUAUCUAACAAGUCGAAGGCUUUUCCUGAAAACGCUGUCCUGGGCGGCUAUGACUCAUACGGCUAUGAGAACUUCGUGGGACGAGUGGCUUACGCGAGCUCGAUUCUGCCAGCGCGUGUUAGGGCCGAAACUGGAUACGCUACAUAUAACACCGAAUCCGUUGGUAAUCAGGCCACCUCAUACGAGCUGUUGGUGUCCAAUGGGACGGUCAGCUAUGACUGGGUGCGCAGCUUCGAUGGAUUCUUGGAGAGGAAUGCCGUAUCUGUGGGCACAAGUGCCACAAACGAGCGCGUCUACGUCUGCCGUGGCCGAACUGAUGGUGGAAUUUUCAUUGGCACCCUGUAUCUGAGCCAAAAGAAGUGCAGUAUAAAGUAUGAGAAUUUGCCGCUAAGACAGCUGACCAAAUAUGAGGUACUAGUCCGCAAAGCUACGCCAGAAAUAUACAGAGCAUUCCAGAUGAAAGCAACUGAUGUGGUUGAUCAAGAAAUGUUUUUAAUUGUAUCACUAUAG